CAUCCGCUUCCUGGCUAUCCGGGGCCACUCCCGACCAAGCUCUUCAGGUGGCGGAUGGUCCGGAAGGAGCACCACGGUAAACAGCAUUUGCACAUCCAGGAGCUGUAUAACCGCUACGGCAAAAUCGUGCACAUUGGGCCUAGCGAGGUUUCAAUUCGCAAUGUCGAUGCUGUGGUGCCUCUGAUGAGCACUAAUGGCCUGCCUAAGGGCCUUGGUUGGUCCUAUCUCGUUGACCAUCUGUCCGAAGUCUGA